AUGGCUGAUACCGUUGGCAAGACCAUCACCUGCAAGGCCGCCGUCGCCUGGGGAGCUGGCCAACCCCUCAGCAUUGAGGACAUCGAGGUCCUCCCCCCCAGAGCCCACGAGGUCCGAAUCCAGAUUUACUACACUGGUGUUUGCCACACAGAUGCCUACACCCUGUCCGGCAAGGACCCCGAGGGUGCUUUCCCCAUCGUCCUGGGACACGAGGGUGCCGGUUACGUCGAGUCUGUUGGUGAGGGCGUCACCAACGUCAAGCCUGGUGACCACGUUGUCGCCCUUUACACCCCCGAGUGCAAGGAAUGCAAGUUCUGCAAGUCUGGCAAGACCAACCUCUGCGGCAAGAUCCGCGCUACACAGGGCAAGGGUCUGAUGCCCGACGGCACAUCCCGCUUCAGGGCCAAGGGCCAGGAUCUCCUUCACUUCAUGGGCACCUCCACCUUCUCACAGUACACCGUCGUCGCCGACAUCUCAGUCGUCGCCGUUAAGCAGGAUGCCCCCAUGGACCGCACCUGCCUGCUCGGCUGCGGCAUCACCACCGGUUACGGCGCUGCCACCGUCACCGCCAACGUCGAGGAGGGCUCCACCGUCGCCGUCUUCGGUGCCGGCUGCGUCGGUCUCUCCGUCGUCCAGGGCGCUGCCCAGAACAAGGCCGGCAGGAUCAUCGUCGUUGACGUUAACAACGACAAGAAGGCCUGGGGCGAGAAGUUCGGCGCCACCGACUUCGUCAACCCUCUCGAGCUCAAGGACGGCCAGACCAUCCAGGACAAGCUCAUUGAGAUGACCGACGGUGGUCUGGACUACACCUUCGACUGCACUGGCAACGUCAACGUCAUGCGCGCAGCUCUGGAGGCUUGCCACAAGGGUUGGGGACAGAGCAUCGUCAUCGGUGUUGCUGCCGCCGGCCAGGAGAUCGCCACCCGGCCAUUCCAGCUCGUCACCGGCCGUGUCUGGAAGGGCUGUGCCUUCGGUGGCAUCAAGGGCCGCACCCAGCUGCCCGGCCUCGUCGAGGACUACCUCAAGGGGAGCCUCAAGGUCGACGAGUUCAUCACCCACCGCAAGACUCUCGGCGAGAUGAACAAUGCCUUCGAGACCAUGAAGGGCGGUGACUGCAUCCGUGCUGUUGUUGAUAUGCGCACGCUAUAA